GUUAUAUUAGGUAUAAGUGCUCCAAAAGUGUUAUAUUUACUAUAUAACGAAUAAAGGAGACAAGUCAAAGGCUAUAUGCUUUGGAUAAACGACGACAGCAGAAGGAGGUUAUUGUUUCAUCAAAAUUCUGCUUCCUAAUAAGGAGCAUUGAUUUUUCGCUGAUUACAAGAAAAUCGACAUUUUUACUUUCCAUUUUCGCCUUUUGUGUGCCUGAACACAAUUUAUAUAACAGAUAAGAGACUGUCGACAUCUGACAAAACGACUUGUCAGUAACAUGAAAUGACUUUGUACAAUACCAUUUCCACAACUUCCAGCCAGGAUAACCAGAGAUGUCCAUAUGCAGCAGCAUUACCACCAGAUCCUCUAGAAAGGUUCGGCUCAGCUCAUCUCGACCAAGAUAUCUUUGGAGUUACGGUUUCUCGACUAAGCCUAAAGCAGCAAUUAGAGUUUGUUAGAAAUAUAUUAUUGAUAACAACAAGUCAAGUGUCUAUAACUUGCUGUAUGGUUGUGUUCAUAAGUCAAAUAUGCCCUCUCUAUGAUUGGCUAGAAGAGAGGGGUCAUCUUUAUAUGGCAGCUUUACACACAAUAUUUUCAACUGACAGAUCCAAGCCGAGUAGUGUUAUUGUCAUUAUUCACCGUCUGUACAAGCAUUUUCGUUUCAAGUUUGCCAAGCUAUUUUAUGUGGAAGGAUUAUCGAUUAUUGUUAUGACAUUAUUCGGUCUUUUUGGAUUGAUAUUUUAUACCACCUGCCAGCAUAAAUAUCAAUUUUCUGGCUUUUUACCAUUUGUCAUUGGGUUGGGCGGUGUUUCCAUAGGUUCUUUAUUCUCAAGGUGACAAAGGAGGACUAUAUUUUAGCCAACAUUUUAUUUUUUAUCGAUAUUUUAUAUCCUAUACGAUUUAUACAUCAUUUCUGUGAACUAACAGACAAUUUAGAUAU